CUAACAUGCCUUUCCUUUUCUCUUCCCGUUUCCAGGGCGACCUCCAACAACAAAGUGUGUGAUAUGGUCGUUCUGGAGCUGAGCUAUAUCAACUCUAACCUGCAGCUGCUCAUGGAACAACUGGAGGGGCUCAACAGCUCCGUGGAGGUCUACCAGAACAGCCAAGAGACCUCCAGCAUCCCUCUCAUCCCGCUGGGUCUGAAGGAGACUAAAGAGAUGGACUUCUCUGUGUCAUUCAAGGACUUCAUCCUGGAGCACUACAGUGAAGAUGGCUCCAGCUUCGAGGAGGAGAUCGCCGACCUGAUGGACCUGAGACAGGCCUGUCGUACCCCCAGUCGCAAUGACGCCGGCAUCGAGACCCUGGCCAAGUACUUCAGCCACAUACCUCUGCUGGAGAGCCGCUUCUUCUCCGCUACCCGCCAGAUGGGCAUCUUCUUUACUUGGUAUGACUCGUUCACAGGUGUUCCAGUGUGCCAGCAGAACGUGUCUCUGGAGAAGGCCAGUAUUCUGUUCAACAUCGGCGCCCUCUACACCCAGAUCGGCACGCGCUGCAACCGCCAGACGGGCUCCGGCCUCCUGGAUGCCAUCACAGCCUUCCAGAAAGCUGCAGGAGUCCUCCACCACCUGAAGGAGACGUUCACCCACACCCCCAGCUAUGACAUGAGUCCCUCCAUGCUCAGUAUGCUCAUCAAGAUGAUGCUGGCUCAAGCUCAGGAGUGUCUGUUUGAGAAGAUCGCUCUGUCUGGCAUCCGCAAUGAGUUCUUCUCUCUCCUCAAGAUGGCCCACGAGUCUGCCAAGGUAGGAGACACCUAUGACCAGGUGCACCAGUCUAUGAGCCAGACUCCCAUCAAGGACAACGUCCCGUUCUUCUGGUCCACCAUGGCUCAGGUCAAGACCCACCACUACCGUUCACUGGCACACUACUUCCUGGCUACUGCGCUAUUGGACCACCAGCUGAGUCCCAGUGAUGACGAGGACCAACAGGAGAAGGCUCUGUCCCAGGCGUAUGAUGCCAUGCCAGAUGGCCUCUCCACACUCGACAUCCUCAGGAAGAGAGAGGAGAGACAACGCAUCGGUAAGGCCCACCUGCGGCGGGCUGUGAUAGGUCAUGAGGAGGGUCUGAGGAUCCAUAGUCUGUGUCGUCACCUCCAGAAGCUGGAUGUGCUCCAGGCCAUCCUCCAGGCCAGUCACAACCGUUCCCUGGCCAAGUUCAAUGACAACAACCGAGAGGACGAGUUCACAGACUACCUGGAGGCUCCAGACAUCGUCUCUAAAACGGAGCACAGGGCAGAGAUGGAAACGCCCACGGCCACAAAGGUGAAAGUCACAGACUUUUUCCGGAGGCUGGGUCCUCUGUCAGUGUUCUCUGCUAAGCAACGGUGGACAGCUCCUCGUACCGUCAGGCUGAGACUGGAGGACAGAGACCUGGGCUUCACCCUGAGAGGAGACCCAGUACCUGUACAGGUUACCUCCCUGGACCCACUCUGCCCUGCCGCUGUCGACGGGCUGAAAGAGGGCGACUACAUUGUUGCCGUGGGAGACGCGGACUGUAAGUGGAUGGUAGUGAGCGAUGUGAUGCGGCUGUUGAAGGAUGUGGACGAGGACGGGAUCGACAUCCGCGUUGUUAGCUUGAUGGACAGCGCCCUGCCCAUGCCCACUAAGAGUGCCACGUACUGCGGAGGUAUAUCUAAGACCUACUCCAUGAUCUGCCUGGCAUUCGACGACGACAAGAGCCCCAAGGGCCGCAAGGUGACCAAGAAGGGCUCCUUCCUGUCCUGGGGCGUGAAGAACCAUCUGAAGAGCUCCAGCACCCUGAGCCUCCCUACAGCAGACUACUCUGGAACACUGCCUUGGAACAAACCCUGUCCCACCUUCCCUUCCUCCAGCCCCUACAACGACUCCGCUCUUUACUAGAGAAGGAAACAUACUGGACUGUACAGACACUCUACUGGGUUAGAGAAUACUGUGUGAAGGUCCCAAUGGCACCCUAUUCUCCAUAUAGUGCAGUACUUUGGAGGUCUAUGGGCUCUGGUCUAAAGUAGUGCACUAUAUAGGGAAUAUGGUGUCUGGUCUAAAGUAGUGCACUAUAUAGGGAUAAGGGUGCCAUUGUGGGCACAGUUGUUAAAUCCACUUUAAUCAGUGUAGAGGAAGGGGAGGAGACUGGUUAAAGAAGGAUUUAUAAGCCUUGAGACAAUUGAGACGUGGAUUGUAUUUGUGUGCCAAUCAGAGGGUGAAUGGGGCAAGACAAAAUAUUUAAGUGUCUUUGAACAGGGUAUGGUUGU